AAGGUGGAAGAUCACUCCCCCCCCCCACCCAUCGAGUCCAGUCAAGCAAGAUUCAGAGCAUCCUCUUCGGCAACACCUAUUCUCCCGCGGCAAUGGACACUCAUGCCUCAACACCAUUCAAGCUCGACCUCAGCUUCAUGGACGACGCGGCGGAACCGUCCACGGUCUGGACGGAAGGCGACGACACAUUCGCAACUAUGCUGGGUGACGUGCUCAACGUAAUCGACAAAACCAACGAGAACGUCGCUCAGGCUCCUACGGAAGACUUGCGCAGGAAGCAGGACGAGGCUUUUGAGCGGGAGAAUCGGCGGCGUGAGAAGUAUGCAAGGAGGCAGUCUGUCGUCCUGUCGACGGCGGCGCCACCCACUCCCCCGACGUCGCCAUCGUUGAGCGGUUCAUCCCUCGGCGCUAUGGACACGGAGGCGGAACCGGAGAGGUCGCGAGCCCCAUCCCCACCACCGAAAGCUACGAUAUGGAAGCGAGUUCGAUUGAUGGGUGCGUCACGGGCGCCUUCGCCUAAAGUGGCCAAGCCCGUAGCGGUCCCCAUACCAAAAGCCCCAAAGAAGAAGAUCUCAUUCGAGAAUGACUGUGUCCCGACCCGCGAGUCGAGAAAGUCUCUCGCGGCAGAUCCUCGAUCUGGGGCAAUGACGGUCCCCAACAAGCGUCAGUCUUACAUGGAAACGUCCGGCAGCGGAGGCAGGCGGCCACUUUCCGGUGUAUUCAACACUCCCGACAAAAGGGCGUCUUGGUAUAGCGUGCAGAGUCAAAAUCCGUCGAUAACACCGCUGGUUUCCGUACCUGGGAUGCCACCAAUGCCACCAAUGACACAUCGGUACUCAGUGGACCACCGACGACCGUCGCUGGAUCAUCAUCGCGCAAGCGCUAUGUACCAUUCCGUACCAAACCUCUCAUACCAAGGUGUAUCCACCGUCAAUGCGCACCCAAUGAUGGUGCAUUCUCCAUACGCCCAUGGACCUGCCCCAACUUGCUGCUGUAACCAUCACGCCCCGCAUCCACCCAUGCAUACAUCUCACCCGACCGCGUCCUUGCAAGCUGUAGAUGAAGAUGAUGAAGAUGUACCGCUCGGACUCUUAAACGCCGGCAAGCACCCAUCGCACGGGCAUAAGUAUCCACCAAGAGAGCAGGAACCUCCAUACGUGCGCCAGCGCUCAAACACGGCACCAGGGAACUACCCAUUUACCCCAUCGUUUGUGGACACUAGACGGAUGAGUUGCAUCUCGAUGGUGGACCCACGGCACGUGUCCCCAUACGGCCAGCAGUGGCUACCAUACGCACAAGGACCGCAGUACCCACCAACCCCAAGUGGUCGGCCGCAGUCCAUGAUAUGGCCCUCUCCAUAUCAUGGACCGCAGACCUUCGAGACCGCCGGCGGCCCAUUAGUGAACUUCACCCCUCAUGACUAUGCUCAAUCGAAAACCCUGCGUACCCUCACCCACGAACCCGUGGCGCGCCCAGUGGAGGCAUCACCCGUUUCGCAUUCCUUCAGUUCGGAAAGCGGAGACAGCGCUGUCAGCGGGCUCAGGACCUCCUCCUCGGAGAAGAAGAAAAGCCGGAACAAAAAUUGGAGGAGCUCGAUCUUUGGUUGGAGGAUGACGGCACCGGCUGCUGAGAGUGACAUCUUACCUCGGGGAUCAGCUCAUGCGGAGACAUCGCACAAGCGGGUGAAUAAACGCGCUAGCUAUGCGAAGUAAACACGUAACCCUUUUGUAACCUGCGACAUCAUCACCGAGCAUCGGUCAACCUGUCGCCGGCCACAACCUCAUCCCCUUCCAACCUUCCUUCUGUACAUUCUUCUCAAGCCGCAUUUUGCGAAGGACUACCGCCCUCCUCUUGAUUUUGCAUAUCCCGCUGUGUACACAGUACCCAUAUCAUUCCCUGAAUCUUCCACGUGCCCUCUUCUCUGUGACAUAUAUGACAUUUCUGAUUUUACCAAGUUAAUACAUA